GCACUACUUACCCACCAUUUUGUAAAAUCAAUCAAGCUUUCCAGCUUUAUGAAGUGUGACGUUUAAGUAUACAUCAACGUAGUAUCUAUUGAUUAAUUUAUUUGAGUUUUAGGCUCAAAGUUAGCAUUUCAACAGUAAUUUAACAAACUUGAAGCACAAAACACUCACCAAAAUGCUGUAUCUUGAAGAUUAUUUGGAAAUGAUAGAACAUCUACCGCAAGAACUGCGAGACAGAUUUACUGAAAUGAGAGAAAUGGAUUUGUCUGUCCAAAAUAACAUGGACACCCUUGAGAAAAGAGUCCGUACUCUUUUUGGUGGAUGUCGUCGUGGUGAAAUAAAUACCGAUCAAGCCAAUACUGAGUUUUCGGAUAUUAAGCGGGGCUAUGCCAAAACUUUAGAAGAGGCUGACGAAAAGACCACACUUGCCAACCAAAUGUAUGAUUUGGUUGAUAGGUAUCUUCGACGAUUAGAUACAGAGCUGCAUAAAUUCAAGUGUGAGCUUGAAGCAGACAACAAAGGGAUAACAGAAUUGCUUGAGAAGAGGUCACUUGAAUUGGAUGUUAAUACUAAUCACACUAGCACAUCAAACAGCAGUCAUUACAAGGAAAAUAGGUAUCGCAUAAGGCCAGAAAAGCGACGAGAUAGUUGGGGAAAUCGUGAUUCCCAACGUGGACAUUCCUCAAGCAAUAUGUCGCGCACUGACUCCGCCAUACAGGCUGCACUUGGUCGUGAAUCUUACUCUUUGGGACAUGCUGGCAGUACCAUAGCUGCAGCAGCAAGCCAAGCUAUUGCUGCUACACAACAAAUGCAGCAUGGUCGUCGUACAGCAUCAUUGAAAGCAUCCUAUGAAGCAGUUGCUGGUGGAGAGCUGGCUCAUCAUGCUUUACAAACUCAUCAUCACGAUCAUGGUCAAGGUGUCUCUUCUGGGUCGAGUCAAAUAAACAGUGUCCACGGGCACCAUACAACAUCACACGGACACAGCAGUUCCUCUUCCUCUACCAAGCGCAACAAACAAAAGAAAGCCAGCUAUAGUUCGUCAACUGUGUCAUCUCACACACAACAAGUCACAGCAGCUGCCAGUCGCUCGUCCUCCCCCACAGUAACGAUUAAUAACGUGGUGAACAAUGUGCCCAUAGAGGAACCAAUGGAAGAAGAAUGGACCUACGAUCCUAACGAGCCUCGCUAUUGUAUUUGUAACCAAGUAUCUUACGGUGACAUGGUGGCUUGUGACAACCAAGAUUGUCCGUAUGAAUGGUUCCAUUAUCCGUGUGUCGGGAUUACUGCUCCACCGAAAGGUAAAUGGUACUGCCCGCAAUGCCAGACCAACAUGCGCCGUAACCGUGCCCACCGAAAGAAUUAAUUAUAAUCACACUGAAAUCUCAUAUCAUAUUAUUAUUAUUGUAUUGUCAUAUUUUGCAUUAUCAUAGUAAAGCAUUGUGUUCAAAGAUAAAAA